UAGGAACGCAAUUACCAUCAAAAUUUUAGCAGUCCAAGUUGCGGUAAAGAUUCGCAGUAUUGAAAUGCUGCCGACAGUGAAAUUUCAUUAAAAUACAGUUUCUGACGCGAUUUUUUAUCAAAUAAAUAAAAUCGAAUUCAGUGUCGUCUGCUUCGACAGAACUUCGUAAUUUUUUUUUCUUUUUGUUUCAUUAUAACGUAGAAUAUUGAAACGACAAUUGUAACCGGCUGUAAAAAAGUUUUCAACCAUGGCUAGUGUUUCUUAUCAAAUUGCAAACCUGCUGGAAAAGAUGACAUCCACUGAUAAGGAUUUUAGAUUUAUGGCAACUAAUGAUUUAAUGAGUGAACUCCAGAAAGACAAUAUCAAAUUGGAUGAUGAUUCAGAACGUAAAGUUGUGAAAAUGCUUUUAAAACUAUUGGAGGAUAAAAAUGGAGAAGUACAAAAUCUUGCUGUAAAAUGUUUGGGCCCACUAGUCAAUAAGGUAAAGGAGUAUCAGGUGGAAACUAUUGUAGAUGCCCUAUGUAUUAACAUGGUAUCGGAUAAAGAACAAUUAAGAGAUAUUUCCAGUAUUGGUUUGAAGACUGUAAUAUCUGAACUUCCUUUGGGAUCUAGUGCACUUGUUGCAAAUGUUUGUAAACGAAUAACUGGUCGACUAAGUAGUGCUAUAGAAAAACAGGAGGAUGUGUCUGUACAACUUGAGGCACUUGAUAUUAUGGCUGAUUUAUUGUCUCGUUUUGGUGCUUUAUUAAUUACGUUUCAUUCCACCAUUUUGGCUGCAUUAUUACCGCAACUUUCUUCUCCUCGUCAAGCAGUUCGAAAGCGUACUAUAAUAGCACUGAGUCAUCUUCUAACUUCGAGCAAUAAUUAUUUGUAUAAUAAACUUGUAGAUCAUUUACUUGAAGGUCUUUAUACACAAACAGCGAAAAAUGUAAUACGUACUUAUAUACAAUGCAUUGCUUCUAUUUGUCGUCAAGCAGGACACAGAUUUGGAGAACAAAUAGAAAAAGUUAUGCCAUUAAUUGUACAAUAUAGUAACGAAGAUGAUGAUGAAUUAAGAGAAUAUUGUUUGCAAGCAUUUGAAUCAUUUGUAUACAGAUGUCCCAAAGAAAUUACUCCGCAUAUAAAUAAAAUUAUAGAAAUUUGUUUGGUUUAUAUCACAUAUGAUCCAAAUUAUAAUUAUGAUGAUGAUAUGAACGAUAUGUCUGAUGGAGAAGAUGUUAUGAUGGAAGUAGAAGAAGAUGGAGAAGAAGAUGCAGAAGAUGAAUAUUCAGAUGAUGAUGAUAUGAGCUGGAAAGUUCGUAGAGCAGCUGCAAAAUGUCUUGAAGCUGUUGUAUCUAGUAGACGGGAACUUCUUCCUGAACUUUAUAAGAUUGUUUCUCCAGCUUUGAUUUUAAGAUUUAAAGAAAGAGAGGAAAAUGUAAAGUCUGAUAUUUUUCACGCAUACAUUGCACUUCUAAGACAAACAAGACCAGCUACCGGGGUGCCUCUUGAUCCCGAUGCAAUGGAAGAUGACGAUGGACCUAUUGCAUUGUUACAACAACAAGUUCCAUUAAUUGUGAAAGCUGUCCAUCGUCAAAUGAAAGAAAAAAGUAUUAAAACGAGACAAGAUUGUUUUUCGUUAUUAAAAGAAUUAGUUCUUGUAUUGCCUGGUGCUUUGAGUAAUCACAUACCAGCAUUAAUACCUGGUAUACAAUAUUCUUUGGGAGAUAAAAAUUCUUCAUCAAAUAUGAAGAUCGAUACAUUGGCAUUUGUACAUACUUUAUUAAUAACUCAUCAACCGGAAGUCUUUCAUGCUCAUAUGGCAGUCUUAGCACCUCCAAUUAUAACAGCUGUGGGAGAUCCAUUUUAUAAAAUUACAGCAGAAGCAUUGUUGGUAUUACAACAACUUGUACAAGUAAUCAGACCACAUGAUAAAACAUGUUAUUUUGAUUUUACAUCAUUAUCUGGAGAAAUAUAUCGAUGCACAUUAAUGAGAUUGAGAACAGCAGACAUUGAUCAAGAAGUAAAAGAAAGAGCAAUUGCUUGUAUGGGACAAAUUCUCGCACAUUUCGGAGAUACUUUGUUCGAUGAAUUGCAUAUAUGCCUUCCUAUAUUCCUGGACAGACUCCGUAAUGAAAUUACUCGACUUACAACAGUAAAAGCUUUAACAUGUAUAGCAGCAUCUCCUUUAAGAGUAGAUCUUAAUCAAAUUAUGGAAGAAGCAAUUCCAAUUCUUGGAUCUUUUCUAAGAAAAAAUCAACGAGCUUUAAAAUUAUGUUCUCUUCCACUUUUGGAUACAUUGGUCCGAAAUUAUAGUUCUACUCUUCAUGCAGAUUUAUUGGAUAAGGUGACUACAGAAUUACCAGCGUUAUUAAAUGAAACUGAUUUACAUAUUGCGCAAUUAACGCUUAAUCUCCUCACCACCAUAGCAAAAUUACAUCCAGUCGCUCUCACGCGAGUUUCUGAUAAUAUCCUUCCAGAAAUAUUAGUUUUAGUAAAAUCUCCACUUUUACAAGGAGUGGCUUUGAAUUCGAUGUUGGAAUUUUUCCAAGCAUUAGUACAAGCAGAUAUACCAGGUCUUGGUUAUAGAGAAUUGCUCUCAAUGUUAUUAGCUCCAGUCAGUCAAUCUGUACUUCAUAAGCAAGCUUAUCAUUCUCUUGCAAAAUGUGCAGCAGCAUUAACAAUCACAUGGCAUCAAGAAGCUCAAGCAGUGGUAGAACAAUUUUUAAAAGAUGUUCAAAAUCCUCAGAGUGAUGCACAGCAUAUUUUUGCAUUAUUAGUUAUUGGUGAAAUAGGCAGACAUGUGGAUUUAAGUGGAAUAAGUUCUUUAAAGCAUAUUAUUUUAAAUUCAUUUUCUUCUCAUUCGGAAGAAGUAAAAUCAGCAGCUAGUUAUACCUUAGGUAAUAUAGCAGUCGGAAAUCUUCCAAAAUAUUUGCCAUUUAUAUUAAAAGAAAUUGAAGCACAACCAAAACGUCAAUAUCUUUUAUUACAUUCUUUAAAAGAGAUUAUUACAUGUCAAUCUGCCAGUCCAUCCGGUGUAUCUCAUUUGCAAAACUUCGUGCCUUCGAUCUGGAUGCUUUUGUAUAGGCAUUGCGAAUGCACAGAAGAAGGUACUCGUAAUGUUGUAGCUGAGUGUUUAGGAAAACUUACUUUGAUUGAUCCUGCUACUUUAUUACCAAGAUUACAAGAAUCAUUAAAAUCAACUUCUGCACUUUUGAGAACUACUACUGUUACCGCUGUUAAAUUUACUAUUUCUGAUCAGCCACAACAAAUUGAUGUUAUGUUAAAACAAUGUAUGGAUAAUUUCUUAGUUGCUUUAGAAGAUCCUGAUUUAAAUGUGAGAAGAGUGGCUUUAGUUGCAUUUAAUUCAGCAGCUCAUAAUAAACCAAUGCUCAUAAGAGAUUUAUUAGAUUCUGUGUUACCACAUCUUUAUGCUGAAACUAAAAUAAAGAAAGAAUUAAUAAGAGAAGUUGAAAUGGGUCCAUUCAAACAUACAGUAGAUGAUGGUUUAGAUCUUAGAAAAGCAGCAUUUGAAUGCAUGUAUACAUUACUCGAUUCCUGUCUCGAUCGUCUUGAUGUUUUUGAAUUUUUAAAUCAUGUAGAAAAUGGUCUCAGAGAUCAUUAUGAUAUUAAGAUGUUAACUUAUUUAAUGACUGCAAGACUCGCUCAAUUAUGCCCUACAGCAGUUUUACAGAGGUUGGAACGGUUAGUUGAACCAUUGAAAAGCACUUGUACAAUGAAAGUAAAGGCAAAUUCUGUAAAACAAGAAUAUGAAAAACAAGAUGAACUUAAACGCUCGGCAUUAAGAGCUGUAGCAGCAUUGUUAACUAUUCCAGAUGCUGGUGAAAAAUAUAAAAAUCUCUUACAAAUCAAGAUAAAUUUUAUUAUUUAUUUUAUAAAUUUUUUUUCUUCUAUUUCAGAUAAAAAUCCAUCAUUAAGCGAAUUUGUAACACAGAUCAAAUCAACACCUGAACUUCAACCACUUUUCGAAGUAAUCCAAAAAGAUUGUACUGGUAGUAAUGUAAAUGAAACCAAUGUGAUGGAUCAGAGCUAAAAUGUCUAUGAAUUACUUUUUGUAUUUUACAUAGAUCGCUGUUAGCUAAGCAUCCACAAUCAUAUUAUUCAUAGUUUAUUUCUAUACGUUAUUUUUUCAUUAUUAUGAUCUGAACUGUAGUUCGAAAUGAAUGUGAUUUCAUGUAAUACGCCAUGUAUAAAUUAUAAAAUAAAUUUGCCAAUUGUAAGCAUCUUACAAUGACA